AAAUAUUUUAUGUCAGCAAAUUUGACCUUUGAGUCAACGACAUAAAUUGGAAUAGCUUUGAUAUCGGUGCUCGUAAAUUUGGAACUAGGGAACAGACACGUGAACACUACUUAACUUACAGUUCAACGCAUCCUAAAGAUAAUUCCAAGAAAAAAAAAAUUACACUAAGUGAAUUGCGGUUUGAAGAAAGCGCUUCUUCAUCCCACUAAGCUGCUCGAGGCGUGAGGUGUAGAUUACGUAACUAUGAUAGUUCAAUGCCCGAACCACGACGUUCCAUUCCGUCACUUUUACGUUGAUGAGACGCGCAGACUCAGAAACAUCGAGCGCGGAGCAGAAGCACGUGGACAAUGCAGCUGGACAUGUGAAAUGAUUUAUGACGUCUCACGAAUCAAGCCGAAAGGCGAAUCGAGUACAGGAGGCACAUCGAGAAACCUUCCGAUAGCCUUUCACGCUUCGAAACCGAAUGAAGUGACGCAAGCUGUUAAGGAUGCGAUUGAUAUUGGCUACCGGCAUAUCGAUGGUGCCCAUUUGUACGCGAAUGAAAAAGAAAUUGGCGAGGCUGUGCGAGCUAAGAUUCAACAAGGCGUUAUCAAACGAGAAGAUAUCUUCAUCACCGGUAAACUCUGGAACACUUUUCAUCGGCCAGGUGCUGUUGAACCUUCGUUGAGACGAACACUCGACGAUUUGGGCGUUGAGUAUAUUGACCUCUACUUGAUACACUGGCCAAUGUCUUACAAAGAGGGCAGCAAUUUCCAGCCGAAGGACGCCAAUGGCAAACUUGUAUACACUGACUACGAUUACGUCGAUACAUGGAAAGCCAUGGAGGAGGUUUACGAAAAGGGAUUGGUGAAAAAUAUUGGCGUAAGCAAUUUCAACGAGGAGCAGCUGGAACGAGUGUUGAAAGCCGGAAAAAUUAAGCCGGUUACCAAUCAAAUCGAAUGCCAGCCUUACUUGGGCCAAUUCAAGCUUUCAGAAUACUGUAAAUCCAAGGGCAUCGUUGUAACAGCGUUCCGCCCAUUAGGACGCCCGGAUAGUACAGUGAUAAAAAAAGGGGAGCCGACACUUCUGGAAGAUAACAGGAUCAUAAGGCUUUCCAAGAAGUAUAACAAAACUCCCGCACAAGUUUUGCUCCGUUAUCAAAUCGAUCGUGGACAUGUCGUCAUCCCUAAAUCAGUGUCCAAAUCUCGGCUGAAAGAAAAUUUCGAUAUUUUUGAUUUCGAACUUUCCAAGGAAGACGUUGAACUCAUCAAUUCCUGUGACUGCAAUAAAAGAUUUUGCCCAAUGUCUGAUGCCAUCGACAGUCCCUAUUUUCCCUUCAGGGAUUAAUUUCAACUACCGGGCUGAAUGAUUCAACACUUUCCAACAACGACACAAGUCGGUUGCACCUCAAGACAGCAGUGAACAUAUUUUUUACGAUGUCUGUAUUGCUGAUUAUAUUGCGUGGUUUCUAAUGAAAUUCCUCUUCGUUUGUACAGGAUUUUUAUCCGAGCUCGCGCUAGCAAAUAUUCAACAUCAAUUUCAUAUCAAAUCGUUCAAACAUGGUACGGUAUGUUCGCACAUUGCAUAAGAAAGCGAAUUGAAAUAAAAAUUUCUUUUCAGAGUG